CAUGAGGCGGACGAAGUCGGCGGACCGGAGCCCCAAACAGGCUGAAAGUUUAACCCAGUUCCGGGCGAGGAUCCAGGACCUGGUCCCCUUGCUGCCGGCCCACCACGACCACUACCUCCUGCGCUGGCUCCGAGCUCGAAGCUUCAAUGUUCAGAAAGCUGAAGCCAUGAUCAGGAAGGUGAGAGACGGACGGAGAAGAUGAACGUUAGACUCCCUCGUAUCUUGACUGGAAACUCCAGAGGUGAUCGAGCAGUACGUGUCUGGGGGGAUGUGCGGGUACGACCGAGAGGGGAGUCCCGUCUGGUAUGACAUCAUCGGUCCUCUGGACCCCAAAGGGCUGUUGCUGUCGGCAACCAAACAGGACUUCCUGAAGUCGAAGGUCCGCCACACGGAGAUGAUGCAGAGGGAGUGUCGCCGGCAGUCGGAGAAGUUGGGGAAGAACGUUGAGGCGAUCUCUCUGAUCUACGACUGUGAAGGACUGGGACUGAAACACAUCUGGAAACCGGCUAUUGAGACUUACGGAGAGAUCCUCACCAUGUUUGAAGAGAACUACCCCGAGGGGCUGAAACAAGUGUUUCUCAUCAAAGCUCCCAAAAUGUUUCCCAUGGCCUACAACCUGAUCAAGCACUUCCUGUGUGAGGAGACCAGACGGAAGAUCCUCGUUUUAGGAAGUAACUGGCAGGAAGUGCUGCGUCACCACAUCGACCCAGACCAGCUCCCUGUGGCGUACGGGGGAACCCGGACCGACCCAGACGGAGACCCCCGCUGCAGGACCAUGAUAAAUUACGGCGGCACCGUCCCCCGGUCGUACUACGUCCAGAACUCGGUGAAGGUGGAGUAUGACGGCAGCGUGACGGUCGGCCGAGGCGCCGUCGUCCAGCUGGAGUACGACGUCACCGCCGCCAGCAGCCUGCUGAGGUGGCAGUUUGCCAGUGACGGAGCAGACAUCGGGUUUGGGGUGUACAGACGGACCAAAGAUGGCGGCAGACAGGAAGUGGCGGAGAUGCUGCAGGUCCUGCCCAGCGAACGCUACAACGCACACCUGGUCCCUGAAGACAGCUGUCUCACCUGCACCGAGCCCGGAGUCUACGUGCUGUGUUUUGACAACAGCUACAGCAUCCUGCAGUCCAAGAGGGUGAGCUACAAGGUGGAGGUUCUUCCUCCUCCAGACGGACAGAGUCCACGCAGCCCAGGAGACUGAUCCAGAACAGAGUCCACGCAGCCCAGGAG